CAAAGAACUUGCAAGAGGAUCUUUCAUGAAAACCGAAAAUGGUAAAGAUAAGUGCAGCAAACUGUGGAUGGACAUGAUAACGAAGCUCAACGCCGUUGGCCCACCUGUUAAAACGGUCGCUGAAUGGAAGCGGGUCUGGCCGACCCGGAAAUACAAAACGAAGACAAAAUUGUCUUCGAAUAAAAAAUCUCCUAAGAAAACAGGAGGAGGACCGUAUUCGGUGGAAGAGUUAACAUUCGCCGAUGAAUCGAUAAUCGAAGCCUGUGGGCUGGAAGCAACCGUUACUGGUAUUCCGGGUGUUGCUUCCUACGGUUUCAAUAGCGAGAUGGAGGAGGAAGAUGAUCGCGGCGACGAGGAUAUUCGAACCGACGAUUACUUAAUGGAAUCUGUGUUUGACCAUCAGACGGCAGAUCCGAGCUUGACCACCACACCACGAGCCCCCAAACGACAGAAAAAGAGUGUGCAACUGUUAGAAAAACAAGUCGAAAUAAGCCAACAAUUUCUGGAUACAGGCAGUGAUGCCUUACAAAACAUAAAAAGUUCUCAAGCGGACGUGUCUAUGCAUUUGCGAUCACUAAAACAUGAUUUUCGAAAACUAGUAGACCUAAAACAAAAAGAGUUCAAGGAUAAAAAUAAUUAUAGAAAAGAGAAAUUAAAAUUGCUAGAAGAAAGGCGUAUUGAAAAAAGAGCAAUUGAAGCUCCAAAAAUUGAACAUCGAAGUAUUACAAACUACAAAUGAAAUGAAAACAUUAAAACUAAGUAGAGAAGAUGAAUGAACACGUACGUGCUUGUGUAUGUAUGUUUGAGAUGAGUGUGUGUGCGUGUGUGUUUCUGUGAGAUGAAUGUGUGUGUGGGAUGAGUAUGUGUGGAAUAAGCGUGUGUGUUGGUGAAAAACAAGACAAUUUUCUAACUAUAGGUAAUAAGUUUGGGGGCGUUUGAACAACAAACGUAACUUGCAUUAUAAAACAACAAACAUUAAUGAAAUCUAUGAUUUUUUCGACUUCAGCAAACUCUUCAAUCAUAUUGUAUCCCAAGGUUAUUAAAAUGCAUCGGUUGUAGAUGAUAAGAGCAUGUUCAGCAAGAUGCUAGAACGUGAAAUGCUUAGAAAAGAAUGAAUUUGAAAAUUAAGAGAAAACAAUAGUGAUUGGUGUAAGUUUGAAUGAAGAGAAAACCAAACUGAUUAGUAGAUCGAAUAGACAAACGAUUUAAUAAAAUGAGAAGUGAGUGUGUAUGCGGGUUAAAUGUGUGUUUGUUGUGUGUAUGUGUGUAUGAAUAUGUCAAAAAGGUGUUCUCAAUAAAUUUAAA